GCAGCAGGACAUGAUGGUGCUUUGAGGACUACUCUACCAUGCAGUCCAUCAUGAAUUUCAAUGGACUUCAGCGUCAGGGCAGCCAAGAAAAUUACAUUCUGGAUAAUACUCAGAGGAAGAAAAGUUCUCUGUGGUACAGGCGAUCACUGAGGGGAAACAGUGAUCGACACCGGCAGAGCACAGGCACUCUGCCCAGAGCCAGCAAGCCCAUACAAACUCCCUCCAACUCACUGAUUGACUACUCUGACCCACAGAGGAUCACAAUUUUACUGGAAAAGCAAGACAAUGAAUCAUUUGGUUUUGAAAUUCAGACUUAUGGCCUGCAGCUAAAGAACAGCUCUGAAGUGGAAAUGUGCACGUUUGUGUGCAAAGUGAAGGAGGACAGUGCUGCUGAGAGUGCUGGCCUGACCGCAGGAGAUGUUAUUGUCACUGUCAACGGGGUCAGCAUCGAAGGUUCCUCUCAUCAGCGUGUACUUGAGCUGAUAAGAGAAUCAACCAACACUCUAAAGAUGGAGACUGUAUGUGGGAGUGUGGUGAAGUUGAUUGAGCUGGAGAAGAGGAUGAACCUGCUUAAGCAUUCACUACGUGACAAAUUGGUUGAGCUGCAAGCACUCACAUUACAGGAACAACGCCUAAUGAGAGGUAACUUGAAUGACAGCAGCCUCCACCUCUCAGUGGACUCAUUGGGAACUCUGAGCUCCCCCAAAGGCCAUGGCCUACGCUUUUCAAGUGACAGCAGUUACAGGAGUGUGAUGACUGAUGAUAGUGACCAGGCCAGUGUGUUUGGGGAUCUGAACUUACCCAGCCCCUGCAGUGCAGCAAGCACCACCGAAGAUGGCUGCUUCUUCUCCUCCAGGGAUUUUCCUUCACGGAGCCUCUCCAGCAGGAUUUCAUCAAGCUCCAGCCAUCAUCAUCACACCCUCAGCCGCUCCCGCAGCUCCAGUUUGGCUGAUAGCAGCAGCUCCCUCUCCCCUACCUGGGAUGAAACGAGGAUCUCCUCCGUGUUUGGUACACUGCCCAGGAAAAGCAGGCGAUCCAGUGUUCGAAAACACAUCUUCAAGUUAAUUCCUGGACUCCAGCGAUCAGUUGAAGAGGAGGACACGGGAACAGAUUCCUAGUGACUUGUAGUUAUACAUGAUAUUAAGUGUUGACAAGGUUUCUCAUGUUCUGAACAAGUUGCAGAAAGAAAAAGACACUGUAAUGAGGGUUUCCCUCCCUUUAAGGUUGGGCUAAUCCUUUAAAGAAUAGGCAAAAUAGAUGAGAUGGACAAUUUGGUACUUGGCGUAUGUCAGUGUCAAGGUUUUCGCAAGAGGGUCUUGAGCCUUUAAAGUGAGCCUGCCUGGUUCAACAUUUGGCUUGGACUUGCAGUGGCACAAAAGCAUUAUGAAAAUGUAAAAUGCUUUUCCUUUCAACAAGUGUUUGAAUGAAUGGCAUGCAUAACACGCUGUAAUGUAUGAUAGAUGAGAUAAUGUAUCCUACUAGCUUGAAUAAAAAAUUUUUUUUUCCUCAUGCCAAAUCACAGAAUGUAAUCAGCAUUAACCUCUGCAGUCUGUGCAGUAGCUGUAUUCAUGUAGCAAUGUGAAUUUUGAAAUGAGACUGUUGUGAAUCUGUUAAACAUUUCAUGAGCACUUCUGUCACAUUCAUGUGCACAAAACCAAAACCAACAUUGUAUAGUAGUUCAGCCUGAAAACAGGAUGUGGGUAGGAGAGGUACUACUUUACUGCUUUCAUAUCCAAAGUUAUUUUCAGGCUGCAUACAGGUUACUUUCAGGUGUUCAGAAACACUGAAACAGUUUCUUAUAUAUAAUGAAUGUACUGUAAUUUUUAUAUGUUUUAUUUUCAAUGGCAAAAAGAUGCACUGCUGUAUUUUUGGCUCAUGCUUUAUGUUUUCAAACCAAGAUGGUCUAUGUGGAGGAGACUCUGCUGAACAAUAAAAUUAUUAAGUUUUUGCA